UGCUCAACGUGUUCAUGAUGAAUCAGGCAGAUAGGCCCGACUCCUACAGCCACAUCAGCUCCACCAAACAUUUCCUUGAAGCGGAGAUCACAAUGACAGACUCAUGUCACAGCAGCCGGAGCUGAUCCGUGAGAGUGCAGCUCAGCUUUAAAGUGGAUUCAGACCACAGGUGAGGCUUGUGCUGGAAUGUGGCUGUAAAAGAGAGCCGUGGCCUCACCUUCAGGUCGCUGGGAGUGUACAGCAACAGGGAGGCGCAGUCAAAGGCUGAGGGGGGCGGGGCCUGCUCUGUUUUCUCCGUGCGUCUUGAAAAGUUGGCACCAAAUCCCUAGAAUCAGGUUUGCCUGUGCUCCGGCGGUCUACCUGCCUCGAAAGCCCAGAGCAGCCUGCGCUUCAGCCCGGAUUUACCUGCAGGUCACAAUGAGCCUGUGAUCCCCCCCUUUUAAAGCCGAGACUCCCGUGAACGCAGACAGUGACGAUGAAGAAGGGAUCCCUGAAUUUUCUGGGUCGAAAGAACCAGUCCCUUUUCGACACCAGCGUCAAAAUGAAGGACAUGGGGACAGCCAGCGUGCGAGCCAGACCCACUGUGAAGCAUCAUUCUACAUCUGACACUUUUCAAGGGUUUGCUGUCCCAACUCCCACUGUCCCUCUCCUCCCCCAUGCCAAUGGUCUAAAGAUAAACGGUUCAGUUUCUGGAGAACAGUUGUCCAAUGGUUCCGUUGCAUCUCUGCCUGACCUUACGGAAGGAGAAAUAUUUGUUCCUCCUCCUCCUUCAGUGGCACCUCCAUCCCCUCCACUGAGUUUUGUUCCUCCUCCACCGGACUUCAUGGGUGACCUAAACAGCAUAGACCUGGCAGCCCUUCAGCCUCCUUCCAUGCCUGCACCCAAACUGGCUUUUCCACCACAAUCUACGGAGGAGGAAGAUUUAUCCUUCCUAAAACCUCCACCAAUGGCUCCACCAAAACCUCCAUCUACUUGCUCUUCUGGGUCUGUAUCAUCCUUACCCAGCUAUACCCCGCCACCAGCCAAAGUUCCUGAGCAUCCCAAAUUUUCCCCACCGCAGCCGCCCUCUGAGAAUCAGCACAAGACUCAUAAAGCACCACCUCCAAAACCUAUUCGAUUGUCCUCCGUUCCCAAAUUCGAUUCCCCACCACAUACGCCAGCACCACCUCCUCCUGUGCAAGCUCAUACACUGUCCACCUUCAACCCCCAAAACACAGCAAAGCUCUAUAAUGUGCCAAAGACCACAUUUCUCAAUGGAAAUGAGGAUCACAAUCCAAGGCCUAAGCAGAUAUUACUCCUGGAAGACUCCGGGCCUGCUAACUCUGUUCCUGUGCCUGUCAGUGUAGAUGGUAAAGCCCCCAAAGUGAGUACACCACCUAAACCAGCUCCCAAAUUUGCACCAGAACAGAAGGAGAGCUUGAAAAUGACUCAGCCCUUUAAAAUAUCCCGGCCUGAGCAUCAUGGAGAGGCCAAAAGAGAAGCAAUUUCACCCCAGUCAGAAAUAACCAAGCCGUCAGAAAUAACCAAGCCGUUACAGUCUCCACAGCUUCCAAAAAUCACAAGCACUGUCCAGAGCAGCAAGGAUAAAACUGAAAGUGCCCCGGUUCAACACCACAACUUUAGCCCAAUACUUGAUCGGAAACUGCGCAACCUAAGGGCUAAUGAAAUUGGUGGAGCUCGAGAUGGCCACGCUGCAUCUCCACUGGCUCUCUUAAUGGCAGCCAAGGAAAGAGAAAAACACAGGUCGGCUCAAUCUUUGUCGCGGGAAGGCAGUACCAAGAUGAGCGAACAACCCAAAGGAAGCACUGACCUCAGUAACUCAGGUCCCAUUUUGUCAGCUGCCAUUCCAAAGUCUGACUUGUAUUCUUCUUUAACUCCUGCAGAAGACAGAUUACAUGAGAGUCUAGCAUCUGUUAGACCAGAGAACCAUGCACAGACAAUUCAGACGCCAGAAAAAUCCAGCGGUCCUGACCAGAUACCACAUUCCAAUCUAUCUCUUAGUGAAGUCAAAACAGCUUCAUCCCCAACUGUAAGCAACUUAGCUACGCAGAAACAAAGCGCAGAGCAAAUUCCCUCUAUUUCUCAGUCUGUACAACCUAAUGAUCAGAAAAGGGAGUUGAACGUACCAUUGCUCCCUCCUCCACCAGAAUUUGAUGAUUUUGAUGAAGUAAUGGAGUCACCUCCAUCCAUAUGUCCUCCUGAUCCACCUGUAAAAAAGGUACCAACACCAUCUGCAGAUCAUCACUUUCAGUCUCCAGCUCCAGCUUCAGCACCACCUCCCCCUCCCCCUCCAAAACACCUACCCCUUCCACCACCAAAACUUCCACCUCCUGACAAAAAUGUCACGCUAAAGCCACAAGUCCAGACGAAACCCAAGCCAGCCCCUGCUCAGAUACCAGCCAACCUCUCACCCAGUCAGACCACUCUCCUGAGCAUCUUGCAAAAGAAGAUGUUGGAAAUGGACCACAAAGUGGCCCAAGAAAAGGAGACGGAGUCCACCACCGAUGAAUGGGGCCCAUCUUUGUCUGAUGAAGACAAUAAGAUCCCAGUUGUACCGAAAGCCAAGCCACAGGCCAAAAAUUACCCUGUUGUUAACAAGGCAGCAACUCUGAACAUGCAGGAGUUGGAGAGUAAAGUGGCCAAUAGAUUUCAUGAGAGCUUCCAAGUAAAAGCUCCCCCCAGCAAUGGACCAAAUUCCAAAUACCAGUAUGGCAAGACUUUCACCAUUCGGCCUGGAACAAAGCAGCCCAUCACUCCUGUUACCAGAGAGGACUCUUAA